UCCGGAUCGGUCAAAUAAAUUAGGGCAAAAGCAGAACUAGGUCCUUUUUUCCUGCUCAUCUCUAUGCCGGGCCUGGAUCUCUUCCCCGCGGGAGUUCAAUGCCCAAAGUCACUGUGUGACCUAGAGCCAGUCGUUGCCUGUCCCUGGGCCUCAAUUUUCCUUCUAGGAGCCAUGUCCACCUUGUUCCCCUCCCUCUUCCCCCGUGUGACUGAGACACUGUGGUUUAAUCUGGAUCGACCUUGUGUGGAAGAGACAGAGCUGCAGCAGCAAGAACAGCAGCAUCAGGCCUGGCUCCAGAGCAUCGCAGAGAAAGACAACAACCUGGUACCUAUUGGCAAGCCGGCCUCAGAGCACUAUGAUGACGAGGAAGAGGAGGAUGAAGACGAUGACGAGGAUAGUGAAGAGGACUCAGAGGAUGAUGAGGACAUGCAGGACAUGGAUGAGAUGAACGACUACAACGAGUCACCUGAUGAUGGCGAGGUCAAUGAGCCUUCUCUCCAGGUGGAUAUGGAAGGCAACGAACAGGAUCAGGACCAGUGGAUGAUCUAGGUAGACAAGGCAGUGUGGCCUCAGGGAGAUUCCAGGCCGGCCCAACCUACCCUGUACCUCCUGCACCCUCAGGCACCGCCUCAGCUGCUGUCAGGACCUGGUUUCCGUGGCCUCUCCCAGGCUGUCAGUCUGCCCUUGAAUCCCCAGGGCCUGAGCCCACCCCACCUUUCUGGACAGUACCUGACCCUUUGGUUGCCAGGUGUAGUCUCUUUCUAUCUUUAAUAAAGACACAGGACUGAUUUUCCACCCCC